AUGUUUACGUUUAAACCCCUCCUUCAGGCUCUCUCUCAGAGAGAUCGACCAGGCUUCUUCAGAACUCUUUCUGAACACCCUGACAUAGUUAAUCAGGACGUUGGAGGCCGCUAUGGCGGUACCAUAGUGCACGAAAUCAUUCGUCAGAACAACCUGGAAGGAGCCGAAAAGCCCGGAUGGCUCGAUCUUCUAACCCAAGUCUCUGGUUCGCCGGCUGUAGACUGGAAUUUGAGGGACAAAGCUGGACGAACCCCAUUGCUCCUUGCCAUUGAGAAUGAUCUCUUCGAAGUAUCUCGCUUUCUCCUAGCUCAUAAUGCAGAUGUCGGCAUCUCUGAUGCAUCAGACUGCUGCGCGCUUCACUAUGCGAUCCAUACCCGUAACAAAGAGCUGCUGGCACUGCUUCUCAGCCACGCCGCUGAUACUGUUGACCAGAAAGACAAAGACGGCAUGACACCUUUGCACCUCGCCUGCGCAUUGAAUCAGGCAGACAUGGCUGAGAUGUUGAUCACAGAAGGGGCUGACGUAAAUGCCAAAUCCAAGACCGGUGAAACACCACUUCACGUUGCGGCCGAUCAGAAUGCUGUUGAGGCGGCCAGAGUUCUGCUGCGCUAUGACGCUCUGAGGAUUUCCCCGAACCAGUCUAAGGACACUCCUGAGAUGGUAGCCAGAGAUAACGGACAUCAAGAUAUGGUCGAUCUGCUUAGGACUCCGGUGGAUAUAAGCAGCCCUCAGAGGCAGCCCAGGCCUUGUCGUGUUCGCGUGCCAAAGCCAUCACAAAAGCAGACUAUGGUUGCGGAGAAAUUCAAGGGACUUGUUUGGCCAGCCGUUGAAGGGGACACAGUGGGUAACAGGAAGUACACAGAGAUGAGCAUUUUUGAGAUGUUGUAUCAAAAGUAUCCCGAGCCGAAACUAGGACCGCAUGUCAGGAACAGGGUGAGAUGGAUACAUAUCCCGGCUAAUAACAGCGUAUGGAUUCAGGAUGUCUUCAAGCGUUUGUACUCGUCAGAUCAGUCCGGCAACAACGAAAAACAAAAAACAGGAGGAAGUUCUUUGAACGAACAGCAAAACUCGGAUGCUACUGUUUUCCAGCAGAUCCGGCGGUUCAUCAACAACCAAUUCGCGGAACUGGAAACCCUCAGUCAGCAUAGAUAUCCUCAAGUCAAGAUUGCUUACGGAAAGCGAUCUGAGAAGGAUAGCUUCCCCAUGCUUGCUCUUGUGCUUCCUGUAAUUGACGUUGACCUUCAGCAGCCAGCCUACUACAAACCCCCUGAUGUCAUUUCGACUACACCAGGGAAGCCAACGCCGGCCAGUUUGAAGGAUCAACCACCAGAGGAAGAACUCCGGGCUCACAUUGCGAAGCUUCAAGAGCUGAGAGAAGCUUACCCAGAUGCAGUUGAAAAGUCGCGCACCUUGGAUGGCUACAUCCAUCCGUUCAUGGACGAAACCAACCUUCACUUCCGCAAUGGAGACCAAGUGGUCAGCCGCUUUAUAGAGAGAGACCGUCGGACUUACGCCGAGAAGCUCAGAAAACAGGUCAGGGCCAUGAAGGCAGACAAAGCAUCCGAUAGCAGCCGAACGUCUUCAUCACGCGACUCCAAUUCCGCAAUAAAGCAAGUAGUAGAGGAUCCGAACGGUGUUAAGACAACGGUGAGACUCGCCACAGGAGAGAUGAACAUUCCGAUAUCCCCGGCACAACUGGAAAGUCAGACUUGGCCGGUGACACGGCGCUCGCCGUGGGGUUCCUGGCACUUGAAGCUGCGACGGAGCUGGUCCGAUCUGGAGGAGUUCUUUUCCAAGCGGAGAUGGAGGGACAGCGAUUCUGAGAGUGAGGAGGAUCAGGCCGGGGAAGAGACCACCGAGAAAGAGAUCCAAGCCCUUGCAAACGAGAAAAUUGUCCGGCAGCAGAUCCUGACGGUGCCCCAGCUGUGGUUAUGGAGGAUUGAAGGCACGGUUGUGACCUCGUUCCCAGAAAACUACCGUUUGACUCAAGGCCACAACUCAGCAUUUCCUCUGUCCCAAGCUAUUCUCAACGCCCUUUUGCAAAUACCGGUGCCUGGGGAUUUGGAUGCCUCACAGCUUGUCAACCUCAUCAUCAGCACAUGCUUGGAUUUCGAGCCCAAGUUGCUGAUGUCCAAGGCUAGGAGGGCCUAUCUCGACGCAUUUGGUGACGAGAUUGCUUAUGUAUCGAGCAAAGUAACAACGUGCUACGAAUCCUUCCGUCGCGACAUGCCCGCCGACAUCCCCUCCACACCAACUGCCGGAGGCACCAUCGCACACUUCCAGCCCGCCAUGCAAGGUGAGAUGGGCCUUCUCGUUCGCAUCGAUGACAUCCUAGGCGAAAUUGCCAUGAUUCAGCGGGUGCACCACGACCAGGACCGAGUGUGUCUCCUGCUGCAAACGGCCACUCGGAACGCCGCCGCCGCUAAUGGCUCGACGGACGGCAUGUACAUGGCGAGCAGCUGGGGAGACAGCCAGUCGCCACAGUCAAGCCAAGCACCAGAUAUGGCGCCGCUUUCUUCUGCGCGUCCGGUAAGGUCGAAUUCGAUGCCGUUGUGGGGAGAUGAGGGGAGCGGCAAUGGAAGUAGAUGGAAUGGGGAGUUUCAGGUCGCACAAGCGCAGACAGAGUGUUCGGGAAGUGGGAACGAGUUCCAAUCACAGUCGUUUACUGGACUGAAUAAGCUGCGGUCGGACAAGUCGAAGUAUUUGGUCAGUCGGCUCGACCGGCUAGCGGAGGAUGCGACAAGAGUGAGGAACUCGAUCAUCACCCUUCUUGACCUCAGGCAACGGCAAGCUAUUACAGAAAAUGCCCUCAGCUCAGCGACACAAGAGGACCUACUCUUCUCUCAGUCGAAUAUUCUUUUCGUGUUCACCGUAGCGACGGUAAUAUUUGCACCUUUGGCGUGGAUCUCAGGAGUAAUGGAGCUCAAUAUUAAGGGAUUUACCCCUGAAGAUGAAGCUUGGACAGUCGGGACUUUAGUGUGGGCUUCUCGUGAGUAUCACUCGUGCCUCUAA